AUGGCUCCCCAGGAAGAACUUGAUGGCCCAGAUUCCAUAUCCGAGGGCGAUUUGGAAUCACCUGCGAAGUUUUAUCGAGAUGCACUAGAAUUCCCCUAUGAACUCGAUGAUUCUAUCCAACGGCCUUUAUCCUCUCGUUCCGUCGUCAGGACCCCAAGCUCUAAAUACGGAGAUAAAACUAUCAUCAAGACACUCGAUGAUGUAACACCACAACCUCGGGUCCUGGAAGAAGGAGUGAAUGAAGUCAGCCACGAUGUCAAUAACACAAAUACAAGCGGACCCAGCGAGUUGCCUAAAGAGGAAGAUUUGGCCGACCAACGAUCAAUCAGCUCCCGGAUUUGUGUAUCUCCUUCGUGGUCUAGAGCUGCUGACAAAAAACGAAAAAAAAAGACCAAAAACGACAAGAACAGGAUCAACGAGACUUGGAACGAAAACUAG